AUGCGCACGGUCAGCCCGAUCCCGCAAGAUAUUCGCGAGAAAUUGCUCCCGAUUUGUGUUCCCAACCGAACUGACGCAAUCUCGGUCCCUCGGACAACCGAGUCCACGGAACGAUUGACUGGACCGAUCGCUCCCAAUCAGCUACAACUAACCAAGGCAACCGUGCAUGGAACAGCCACAUCCGAUUCGACAACGUGGAAUCUUCAGGGAAUUGAUUCAGGUAUUCCGGACUUGUAUACGGUGUAA